AGAACAAAGACUCCCCAUCUCUUACAUCCCAGACACCCCCCCGGCCAGGACAGGGGGUGCCAACGAGGGGAACUCCCCGUGGAACCUGGUAUGGCGCCGGCUCAAGGCUGGGCGAGACGGUACUUCAAGGCCUUCUGUAAAGGCUUCUUCGUGGCGGUGCCGGUGGCCGUGACCUUCCUCGACCGGGUGGCCUGCGUGGCGCGAGUGGAGGGAGCAUCCAUGCAGCCCUCGUUGAAUCCUGGAGGGAGCCAGUCGUCCGACGUGGUGCUUCUGAAUCACUGGAAAGUGAGGAACUUGGAAGUCCAGCGCGGUGACAUUGUGUCGUUGGUGUCCCCUAAAAACCCAGGACAGAAGAUCAUCAAGAGAGUGAUUGCCCUUGAAGGAGAUAUUAUAAAGACUAUGGGACACAAAAACCGCUACGUCAAGGUGCCUCGCGGUCACAUCUGGGUGGAGGGCGAUCAUCAUGGACACAGUUUCGACAGCAAUUCUUUUGGGCCGGUUUCGCUGGGGCUUCUGCACGCGCACGCGACGCACAUCCUGUGGCCGCCGGGGCGCUGGCAGCGCCUGCAGUCCGUGCUCCCCCCCGAGCGCCUGCCGGUGCAGAGCGAAGACCAGUGAUGGGUCUCCCGCCGCCCGCACAGGAGGCCACCCGCGGCCACCAGCGCAGGAAGGGGGACCGCCAACACGUGACGCCCUGCAGGAGACCCCCUCUCACGCUAAGAUGACUAAAGAGAGUUCAAAAACAUUAAACGGUAUGAAGUGGCACCUGAUUUUGUGGUCAAUUGUAACACCCGAUUGUUUUAUGCCAAAAAAACACACCGACCUUUGGGAAUGUGAAGGUGUACUCUCAUACGUCCUCUGGGGGCUAUGUGAGACUUUGCCGGGCAUGAUUAUCCUGUUGAUUGCUGGGUUUUGAUUUGGUGUUUGCUGCUGAAAGAAUGUGAAAAUGAACCAAAGUGAAAGCAAUUGCUUGAGUGAUGCCACUUACUGCUUAGCUGGAACAGAAGAAACCUAUUAGACACAUACUGAUAGGAAUUACACUGUGAUUGACAGCCAGGUGGGACAUACUGUAAGCUGUGAUGUAAAAAUAAAGCACUCAUUUGCUCAGGUA